CCUUAGAUGUCUCAUCUCAAUCCCUUGUCGUCCCUAUCGCAAUCAUCUUCUCCAACAAUUAUUUUACUCAAAGCGCCAUUACGUACGCCUCAUCCAUUGCUUUUUUCCCCCCGUGGCUACUUUAUUUCUACUAUCAUCAUCACUAUCAUAUCAUGCUAGGGAUUUUAACUCCAUGCUAAUCAAUAGAUUGGAUCCUCUUAUUUCGCUUCCUUACAUCCAGCCAUGAACCUACGCUCGGACACCCCUUCUCUCGAAGAGGGCCUCUUAUUAGGCUCAAGCGAUCGUGUCGAUUCACCUCGACAAGCGCACGCUCUAAUCAACCACACCAUCAUCCAUUCUAUGAAGCCUCUCCCUGCGCUUCGUUCCAGAUCCUCCUCCUAUUCCUGCCCUCCUCUCUCAAGCAUCCCACAAACCUCUCCCGAGCGUCUCGCUCUCGCUGCCACCUCCUCCCCCAACAAUGACGUCCCCGUCUCGUCCGCGCCGUCGACGGUCCUAUACCUCGCCUACGGCUCCAACCUCUCCGCCGAGACCUUCCUCGGCAAGCGCCGCAUCCGCCCCCUAAGCAAGAUUAACGUAUCCGUCCCGACCCUCGACUUAACCUUCGACCUGCCGGGCCUCGCGUACUGGGAACCCUGCUUCUCCAACGUCUCGCCGCGGAAGCUUCCCAAGCCGCCUAUCCCGGGCGAUCCGCCGAAACCACCUCAUUUCCCUCCUCCCCCGUCGUCGGUAGAAGAAAAGCUCUCGGACGCAACGGUAUCCUUCCCCUCGCUCCCUCCGGACAACGACGACACCCCGUCCUGGUCUAAGGGGCUCUACGGCGUGGUCUACGAGGUCACGCGGGACGACUACGCGCAGAUCGUGCGCACCGAGGGCGCCGCCUACCGGGAGAUCGUCGCGCCGUGCCUCGCCCUGCCCCCGCCCUUCCACGUCCCCGAGAAGCCGCCUAUCCCCGAGCUCCCGAGGCCGUUCCUGGCCCGCACGCUGUACGCGCCGCGGAUUCCUUCUUUCCAUCCUCCUUCCCCCGGAGACGACGACGACGGUAACGAUGAUGAUGGUGGGGAUGACGAUGAUGAUGGGAAAAAGAAAAGGAAGGAUAAGAUCAAGCGCUGGUGCCGCAAACUCUUGCUCCCCGCAACCCGCGGGCCCCCGGGCUACGCGCAGCCCAGCGCGCGGUACCUCGGGCUCCUGCGCGACGGCGCCCGCGAGCACUACCUGCCGGAGGACUACCAGGCGUACCUGGGGCGGGUGGAGACGUACACCAUCACCACGCGGCGGCAGGCCGUCGGGCGCUGGGUGUUCCUGCUCACGGUGGUGCCGCUGUUCGCCCUGCUGGCGCUGCUGCGCUACGUGCUGGCCGGCAAGGACGGCGGGAUACCGCGGUGGUUGGACGUCGCCAUGACGGUCCAGAGGAACCUCAUGUGGAAGGCGUAUGAUGGCGUUUUCAAGCCGCUGUUCGGGGACGGGGAGAGGACGGUGCCGAGGGAGGAUGAGGAUGAUGGUGGUGAUGGUGGUGAUGGCUUGCGUAGUAGCACGGGGAGGAUACGUGCACAGAUGGCGUGGGGAAGUGAGAAGAGUGCCUUGUUGAGGGAUUGGUAGCGUAAGCGGGUGGUAGGUCCUUAAAGGUUAGGAGGGUAGUGUUGCAUUCCGAAGGUGGCAAUCAGGCAAAUUAAUCAAUUCUAACGUUUGACGAAUUUCAAAUAAC